ACAGCAACAACACAGAUGUGAGAUUUCAGGCCGAUAAGAACCAUAGAAAGACAAAAAAAGAUAAAAACAGAAAAAUUAUAAAUUUAAAUGCAAAUACAACUUGUUUUCAAACAACCACAGCUUAAAGAAACUUACUCGACACGUUACGUUUAGCAAGAACCAGAAAUCGGAGCAAUAUUUGUGUGUAGAGCACAGUGUUUUUCCACCGCCAUCACUACAAACAACAAAGCAACAAUCCGCCGCUUCAAAAUAACACCCAGAAAUCCCGAAACAUUGUCCACAAUCUAUGAACUAAUCAUUAUGUGGACAAUAACAAUAACGAAAAAGCGCUGGAAAGAAAUAGCAAUUGCCGUGGUAUUCUUCAUAUUUAUUGUUGUGUUCUAUAAAUCCUUGUCAGCCAAUGAUUUAAACCAGUUCAAAGAUAGAUUUCGCAGCAAUCAGGUUUCCGACAUAGAGUCUGAAGAUUUGCUGACUAUAUAUGCGAAACAACAACAGCUGUUGCAGCAACAACGCUAUGAAUUGGAGAAAACCAAAGCCGAAUUGGUGAAACUACAAGACGAUAUGCGUGCCUUACAAGCGAAUACACCGCGCAAAUAUCCCAAAGUGAAAUAUUUAAAUUAUAAAAACCGCAAACGAAUUUUGGUGACGGGAGGUGCGGGUUUUGUGGGUUCCCAUUUGGUGGACAAUCUAAUGUUGGCCGGCCAUGAAGUAAUUGUGGUGGAUAAUUUCUUUACCGGUCGCAAACGUAAUGUGGAACAUUGGUUGGGUCAUGAAAAUUUCGAAUUGAUACAUCAUGACAUUGUGAAUUCUCUGUUCAUAGAGGUGGAUGAAAUCUAUCAUUUGGCCUCACCGGCCUCGCCACCCCACUACAUGUUCAAUCCGGUAAAGACUAUCAAGACAAAUACUAUGGGUACGAUAAAUGUUUUGGGUUUGGCCAAACGUGUUAUGGCCAAGGUGUUGAUAGCCAGUACCUCGGAGGUAUAUGGUGAUCCCACAGUACAUCCUCAGCCGGAAACGUAUUGGGGUCAUGUGAAUCCUAUUGGUCCGCGAGCGUGUUAUGACGAGGGCAAACGUGUUUCCGAGACUCUAAGUUAUGCGUAUGCAAAGCAGGAAAAGGUGCAGGUACGUGUUGCCCGCAUAUUCAAUACUUUUGGCCCACGCAUGCACAUGAAUGAUGGUCGUGUUGUUUCCAAUUUCAUUUUACAAGCCUUACGCAACGAAACCAUAACCGUUUAUGGUAAUGGCAAACAAACCAGAUCAUUUCAAUAUGUCUCUGAUUUGGUCGAUGGCCUUAUAGCCUUAAUGGACUCCAACUACACACAACCGAUUAAUAUUGGCAAUCCAGUUGAGCAUAGCAUAGAAGAGUUUGCGGUAAUCAUAAAUAAGCUAGUGGGCGGACAAAGUGAAGUGAAACAAACCCAAGCCAUGGAGGAUGAUCCUCAGCGUCGUAAGCCUGACAUAGCCAGGGCCAAGAAAUAUCUCAAUUGGGAACCCAAGGUGCCGCUCAAAGAAGGUCUUCUUAAAACCAUCGACUACUUUCGCAAAGAAUUGGAGCGUUCUGAUCGUUUUGCGAAAAAUUCUAAAAAAUAUUUUGAAUCUCGAGAUUUAGAGCGUUCCCAAAUUCGUUUUCAUUUUGAUCCCGGCAAUGAUUAGUGCUAGUGGUUAAUUACUAAAGUAGUACGAGAUAAAAGGUUCAUUUGUAAUCAUAAUAUAAACUGUACUUAGCUUAGUAGACAUUUUCAAAAUACUGUUAGUUAUUUAAGUAACAUGAAAAACACACAUUUUUAUUAAUAUAGAAUCAUACAUUGAAUCUAGUCGCUUUUUUACACAUGUAAAUAAUAAUUAAAUUGUAGUAGAACUAGUUUACUUUCGUUUUUUUUAUUUUAUUUUUUAUAUUGUCGUAGUUUUAAACCACUUCAAUUCUCAUAUUUUAUAUAAAUGUAAUAUGUAUGUGCAAAAACGUGCAAAAUGCACCACCACCAACCCCUUACUCACGUUAUAUUUCUAUUAUUGUAGUUUUCUUUUUUUAUAUGUGUAAUAUACAUAAUUAUAAAUAUGUUUCUAUAUAAGGUUUUAGUUUAAGUAUAAAUUAAACAUAUUUUACUAAGAAGAUUGGAAAAUAAAAGACACGAAAUUUUAAAAACACUAA